GUCAUUUCAAGAUUUUCGUCUUUAAAUUUUUGAUUUUUUGCACUUCAAAAAUUAUCCAGCUUUUUAUUUUUACAUUUAAAAAUUAUCUUACUUUUGAUUAAAUAAAAAAUAUAAAAUUCCCUAUUUUGAAAAUUCUUACCACGUUUUUUAUUCUAUUUUAUUUUUGCCUUUUUCAUUAUUCUUCUUCAAUAUUAUAUUUAUUAUUUUAUUUUUCUUCCUUUACCUUCUUUGUCUUUCAGUUUUCUUCAAUUGGUUGAUCUGCUUCUCCACCAUCCUACUCUCGAUCUUCCUCCCUUUAAUGGCUGAUGAAAAUCAUCUUCAACCACAACUACUGUUAAUUUAGAGAGAGAAUUUUUUUAGAGUGAGACAAAAAGUUUUGAUUUUGGUGAAAAAUUCUCAUAUGGGUCUAUGUUUUUUUACUGUUUUUGAAGUUUAAAGUGAUUAGGGUUUGUUUAUAAGAGCUUAAUCCUUUUUGGGUUGUUGUAAAAAAGUGAUUUUUAUUUUGAUUUUCUGAGAUUUGAUAUGGGUGGGUGUUUUCCUUGUUUUGGAUCAUCCAACAAGGAGGACACUAAUGCUGUCAAAGAAGUUUCAAAGAAAGAGACUUUUAAAGAAGCUUCUCUUCCUCAAUCUCAUCACCCUACUAGGGUUAGCUCAGAUAAAUCAAAAUCAAAAAGUGUCUCAGAUUCUAAGAAGGAAGCCCCGGUUCAAAAGGAUGGACCGACGGCACAUAUUGCUGCACAAACAUUUACAUUCCGAGAGCUUGCAGCUGCUACAAAGAAUUUUAGGCCAGAGUGUUUAUUAGGUGAAGGAGGUUUUGGACGUGUUUACAAAGGUCGCCUUGAGAGCACAGGACAGGUAGUUGCGGUAAAACAGCUUGACCGAAAUGGACUUCAAGGAAAUCGAGAGUUUUUGGUGGAAGUUCUCAUGCUCAGCCUCUUACAUCACCCAAAUCUUGUGAAUUUGAUUGGUUAUUGUGCUGAUGGUGAUCAGCGGCUGCUCGUUUAUGAAUUUAUGCCAUUGGGAUCUUUGGAGGAUCAUUUACACGAUCUUCCCCCUGACAAGGAGCCUCUAGACUGGAACACAAGGAUGAAAAUAGCAGCUGGUGCAGCCAAGGGAUUGGAAUAUUUGCACGACAAGGCAAAUCCCCCUGUGAUAUAUAGAGACUUAAAAUCAUCCAACAUCCUCUUAGAUGAAGGUUUUCAUCCCAAAUUAUCAGAUUUUGGGUUGGCAAAACUUGGUCCAGUUGGUGACAAGACUCAUGUAUCCACACGAGUAAUGGGAACAUAUGGCUAUUGUGCUCCAGAAUAUGCUAUGACUGGUCAACUAACUCUGAAAUCUGACGUCUAUAGUUUUGGAGUUGUCUUCCUUGAACUCAUUACCGGGCGCAAGGCUAUUGAUAAUACUCGUGGGCAUGGAGAGCAUAAUCUUGUGGCAUGGGCACGACCUCUUUUUAAAGACCGCAGGAAGUUUCCGAAAAUGGCUGAUCCACUACUUCAAGGUAGAUAUCCAAUGCGGGGACUGUACCAAGCACUUGCAGUUGCAGCAAUGUGUUUGCAGGAACAAGCUGCUACAAGACCUCUUAUUGGAGAUGUUGUGACUGCUCUCACAUAUCUGGCCUCUCAAACAUUCGACCCGAAUGCAGGCAAUCAGUCUAGCAGGGGCGGUUCAUCAACCCCUAGGAUGAGGGAUGACAGAAGGAGCAGCAUGGCAGAUAGUGUGGAUAGUCCCGACCGUGCACGGCUUGGUUCCCCUUCUACUCAUAGAAACUCACCUGACUUCAGGAAGAGAGAAGGUAGGGAUCCAAGUGAGUUGGGAAGGAUCGACACUGGUGGUGGUGGAUCAGGGAGAAAAUGGGGAUUGGAUGAUUUAGAAAGGCGUGAUUCUCAGAGAGAUAGCCCUGUAAAUACCGGAAAAGGUAGAGAGACUCCAAGGAACCGCGACCUGGAUAGAGAACGUGCAGUUGCAGAAGCAAGAGUAUGGGGUGAGAAUUGGAGAGAGAAGAAACGAGCAAAUGCAAUGGGAAGCUUUGAUGGUACAAACGAAUGAACAAAACAAACAUCACUUAGCUUUGGUUAUUCAUCUUUGAGUCAAAGGAGAAUUUGUGUUGAUUUUCUCCCAUCAUUUCAUAGUAGUUAGUUCAUCAUGUGAAGGAAACAGUUUCAAAAACAAAACAAAACAAAAAAGGUGGGGGAGAAGUUAAGUUAGUGUGGAUUUGGGGUAUUAAAAAUGUAAUCAUGCAUUGUGAAUUCAACAUCCUUGUCUAUUUACUUAAGAUUUUAGGUUCAUGUUGCAUAGAGCAUCAUCAAAGGUCUAAUUUUUGGCUUAGUGGAUUUGGUUGUGGGUGUCAUUUUGUUGUCACAUGUUAUUAUCUCGUACAGUUAUAUAUCUAUUAUAUUGUAUGUUCGAGUCUCUA